GAAACAAGUCAGAACUCCCCUUGAGCAGAUCAGAAGAUGCUGACUACGAGACAGGGAACCCCAUAGACCUUGUUUGUACUAUAUCAUCACCCAUAGAAAGGAGGUUGCACAUGUCUCAACGCAGCAAUCUGAAUCAUGACUCAACUUUUCGGCUUCGUUAUGCGACAAUUUUGCUGUUUUGUAUAACUUGAACGUUUGCCUAGGGCUUCUUCAGGUCCAUUUCUUUGAUUUCUUAUCUAGCUUGACAAUAUUUACAAUCACAGCAAACAUUAUAGCAACACGUUUCGUACUCAUAGCCCUUAUAAGGUCGAAAUUUACACCGUACUUGGUUUAGGGGCACUUUUACCAAUACUAAGCAGUCCAUCACCAUCUCUGAUGUAUUCUAUAUUGCGGAAAACGGCUAGGCUAUUCUCCGGACGGCCUCGACGUGCUGAGAAUGAGGUUCAUGAUCGCAGAUUGAGUCUGCCAGUCUCGGAGCGGGCUUCACUAGAACGUGGACGUGGCCGUUCUCGUCGGCGGCGUCGUCGCAAGACUAGUCACCAAAAGCCAGCGUCUUGUAAUAUCCUCAAUUCCGCUUCUCAGAGUCCUAGGGCACCACGUGCAGCCUCUCUUCGGCCGCACGACAACCAUGGAGCUCUGGACUUGGGUCACAUCGUGCCAAGAGAUAGGCGCGAUCCGAAAGGCCGCCGUGUCUAUGAUAAAGUCCUCAUCUGGGCUUAUAAAGAUGCUAACAGUUGCACAACUGAUGAGGCUAUCAAAGCACUCUUGGACCAAAAGAAAAUCGACCCACCUCCUCCACCAACGUAUAAGAUCAAAUGGUCCGCAACGAACAACGUGAAAGCGCAGAUGAACAAAGGGAAGGGUGGUAGUAAGAAGUUGUGGGAAAUUACAGCUGGUCCUAGUGGUAUACGACGGUGGAAGGUGUCUCCUGGAGCAUCCUGGGCAGGGAUAGGCAUGCCAUGGAACACCAAGCGAACAUUGAGUAGGAGAAGUUCUGUCAACUCGGAUAGUCGUCAUCCUAAAAGAGCUCGUGGCUCGAAACGAGGCCGGAGCAAGACACGGCAUGUAACAGAUCGGCAGAAGCCGCCAGAUGCUAUGGCUCGAUAUCUACCACACAAGGGUGAUUGUGCAAUGCUUAGUGGAAGAUGUUCAGGCGAUCCUCAAUUGCAAGCCCAGGGAAGAAUGACGCUAACAAGAGGAGCCGAUAGAAACGCUGCAGAGAGGAGACAUUAUCCGACUCCUUUGCCCGCAGAUCCAAUCGCCGUGGUUACAAAAUCUACCAAGUCGACUGCGCGAACGUCUGCGAGGAAACCAACAGGUCGUCACAAUCGCAAGGCUGACUCAGCUGAUACAUCAGAUUUAAUUGUCUCCAGCCCUACUCCAGACUCACAGCUACCUCCUGAGCCUACUCCUCCUGAACGAGCGAUUUUAGCGAUCAGAUCGGAUGCCGUACAAAAUAAGACUCGGUCUUCAACCAACACCCAAGCGCGUUCGGCGGUAGCAGUCGCCGCAUCCGCUCGCAAACGUUCUCCGGUCCAUUGGGGUGACACAAGACGUACAUAUGUCCCCUAUGAAAGCCAGCCCUCGUCUAGUUCUUUGCAACUCUUACUAGCACCGCGGCGUCCACCCUCACCUAUAGCCUGGGGGAUGUGGCACGGACCUAUGAGCCUUGUGGCAGUCAGCCUGCGGCUAUCAUCAUGUCAUUGGUAAAACUUGCUAGUCUAGAAGUUAUUGCCUCUCCUGUUCCACUGGCUCCACCGUCACCCAUUGCUUGGGGUGAUAAUACCCGAACUAUAAUGCCCGCGAGAUAUGGAACACCACCCCCUUGGGUUUGAGCAUAGUUACAUUAUAAGUAGGAUAAUCAAACAUAACACCCCAGUCUAGUCAAUAAAGAGCUACUCGCAAUAGCGUGCUCCUAUCAUAAUGGACUAUCUUAGAGCUUUUUUUUUUUUUUUUUUAAAUCUCGACCAUUCACAUGGCUCCAUCCCUGCGUCAGUGUACACGUGCAAGAAGCGUGUGCUAAUAUUAU